AUGAUGGACCCGCCACCCUUUACGCCGUCCGAGAAGUGCGAUCGUGGUGGUAUCGUGGGUAGUGGUGGCGAAGAGCCCGUCGGCAGGACUGCAGCAGUGGGCCUAGGCCUAGUUCAGGGCCACGGCUACGGCGUAGGCUAUCUCAAUGACCCAGCCUCCCAGGGCGUUGGUCCAUUCCCUUCAGCCUGUGAUGUCCUGCAGCCACUCUCCCAGCUGUCUCCCUUACCUUCUAGUGGUUAUCUAGCGGCUGUCCUGGCCCGCGAGCGGAGCCAUUGGACAAAGCAAGCAUCUGGAACCGACGGUCAUCUGGUGCCGUUGUCGCCCGGGUGUGCCGCCUCCGCCCCUGUCCACGACCGUCGUUCAGCUACACCCCCCACGGUGAGGUUGGAUGAUCGCCUCGGUGACUCGUCAUCUGAAGCGCCAACUCAUGGUUCCAUGGUGGUGUCAGAUCCUCUGCGCCAGCCCGGAAUUCCUGCCCCGGUUCAGUGGCAUGCCAACCCUAUUGCUACUAGCCACGAACAGGGGGUCCCUAGUAUCGCAAACCUUAUCGGAUCCCAUCCUUCCCAAAAAUGCGGCUACGCAGUUCAAUACAUGCACGAUGCAGACGAGGAGGGUACGCGCUCCUGGCGACGGUUGAUGAUUGAGUACAGCUAG